UCGGCACCUGCAGCCGUCGGAUGCGUCCGCCGCCUCUGAGCCAGCCCUCGAUGCUGCGGCCGCCGCUGCUCCUUCUGCUCCUGUUGCUGUUGGGACCCGGACUCGGGCCCAGCGCCGCUUCCCAGAGGUCACACGUGCACCGGCGUGGGCUUCUAGAACUGGCAGGGACCAUGAACUGUGUUGGCAGCCGCAGCCCCCUGUCCUACAUAAGCUAUGGCUGCUAUUGUGGCCUGGGGGGCCAUGGCCAGCCCCGCGACGCCAUCGACUGGUGCUGUCACCGGCACGACUGCUGCUACACGCAGGCUGAGCAGGCUGGCUGCAGACCCAAGAUGGAGCGCUACUCCUGGCAGUGUGUCAAUCAGAGCAUCGUGUGUGGACCAGCGGAGAACAAAUGCCAGGAGCUCUUGUGCAAGUGUGACAAGGAGAUUGCUUACUGCUUAGCCCAGACUAAGUACGAUUUAAAGUACUUAUUCUACCCCCGUCUCUUAUGUGAGAAGGACUCGCCCCAGUGUGACUGCCUAGCCUAACUUGGAAUGUUUUUUUACACAAGGAAAUAAAAUCUCUUUUUCACUCAUCAACAGCUGCAUUCAGUUCUUUGCAGGAGGGAACGAAGGCCAAGGGUGAAAGCUGCAACCUUUGUUUGCUUUCUCUCCCGGAACUUGGGGCUGGAGCCUGUGUGGCUUCCAGUUUAAGGUCAAGAGUCCCGUGCUAUUUUAUAAAACCACAACUAGGCCUAUGGCUGUAUUGGGUUUGGUACCAUUUUUUGAGAUUCACCUUUUAUGAAAAGGGCUGAGCUUUGUGUUCUAACCUGCUCCUGACGGCAGGUGGUCAAACAUGAACGAACACCUACCACAUGCCUGGCCUUGUUCUGUGUUCCGGGAUGAGGCAAUGAACAAGAUGCCCCUUCCUGGGGCGCCUGGGUGGCUCAGUCAGUGACGCAUCUGCCAUCGGCUCAGCUCAUGACCUCAGGGUCCUGGGGUCGAGCCCCGGUUGGGCUCCCUCCUCAGCGGGGAGCCUGCUUCUCCCUCUCCCUCUGCCCCUCCCCCCUGCUCGUGCUUUCUCCCUCUCUCAAAUAAAUAAAAUCUUAAGAUGCCCACUCCUGUGAAGUUCUAGUCUGGUAGUUAUGAGCUUAAGAAAGAGUAUUCGUCUCCAUCCCACUCCACCUAACGGUUAAAUUUCCUGGUUACAGAGGUAGAAUAUACUCAAUGCUUAAAAAGAUAAAGGAAAAUAAAGACAAAUAUAAAGGAGAGAAAAAAAUCACUCUAAUUCCCACAAUCCAGAAUAACCAAUUUUAGUAUCUCUGUGAGCUAUCAUCAGUGUUUUCUGUGAUAACUAAAAAUGCAGUUGAGAUCACAGCAUAGGACUUCAAGGUUUUCCCGAUGUCAUUAAAAAACCUUUGGAAACUUCAUUUUAAGUAACUGUAUAACAUACUGUUUUAUAGAUUGCCCACUUUUGGGUAUUGGUAUUUCCAGUUUUUAUCGAUUAUUGACGUGACGAGGCUGCUUAUCAAUAAAUCUUUGCUACACCCCACCGCCCCUUUUUAUUGUUCCUUAACCCAGUGUCAUGGCCGAGGGCAGGCCGCCCCAAGAUAGGUAUGGUAUGAAGAUUAUUUUGAACUGAAGGCAGCAGAGACCCUGCGGGCUCAAGAGAAACUUUUGCCCCUCCUUUUAACUACCUAGAAGAAUCUAAAUUGGGGGUCUGUCCUAGAAUGAGGGUUAGUACCAGAGAUCAGUUUUAUCUGAGCGGCCCAUCUGCAUGGCAGGGCAAACAGCUCGUUACCAAACAUCUGCAUUCCUGUGAAAUGCAUUCCUUCCCUCUGACGGCCCACAUCCCUACCUUAGUGCAGGAUGACAUUUGGCCUUGUUUUGCCCCUCUUUGGAAUUGCCAUGCCUGCAUGGAUUCCCCGUACAUACAAAGUUAAGUUUGAUUUUCUGCUGAUCUUUCUCUUGUCAAUUUGAUUCGCAGUCCAGCUGGAAGGACCUUGAAUGGGGACAGGAAUUCUUGCUCUCUUACACCAGACUUGCCGAAGUGUAAUUUCUGCAUCAAAGGGCCUGAAUAUUUUCAGUAAGUGCCCCGUUCUGGAGUACCCAAGCCUGCUAUGACUGAGAGGGUCGGAGGGCCGAGACAGGCAGCCAGUGACCCCGGCUCUCAAUGUGCCUGUCCCCACUCUGGCGACAAGAAGCGAGAGUCUGGCCCAGCCUGUCUGCCCUUCCUCCUUCCCAACGCAUAUGUGGGUAUUACUCACUCAUCCUUGAAGCAGGAUGUGGGGAGGAGGUGGGGAACGCUGUGAGCCCAUAGGGUACACGUGGGGGCACUGGACUGGCAGUCUGGCCCGGGCCUAGCCCCACCGAUGCCAACCAGCCUCCCCGUGCUCAGCUGGAAAGAACAGUAACUGUGCAAGGCACCAGGCCAGGGAUGUGCAAAUAGUGCAUGAAGUCCCCAGACCUGCUAUGCGGUCAGUGACAGGGGGAAGGCCUGGCAGCCCUGGGGCCUAAUGAGCAAGCACAAGAGGAAGAAA